AUGCACUCACCACUCUAUCUCUCGUCAAUCCUGUUAUCGAUCGUGACCGCUGUACAUGCCACCGUGAGGGACGUUGACGCCCAAACUAUGGGCCGAUUUGACGACCAAAUGCAUGAGAUGGACCUCGAUGGGAAUGGGCGAGUUGACGCACAGGAGAUCCGCAGUAUCUUUUUGGACAUGUCGGAUUCAUUUGUGGAUAGGUUUAUGAGGAAUAUCGAUCAGAAUCAGGACGGCAGUUUUUCGCGCGACGAAUACUUCGACUACGCCUUCUCUGAAGACUAG